AUGUCAAAACCCUCGCAUAGCAGAAUCGUCCAAGGUCUUCUCCGGCUCCACUACUCUCGCUCCUCCGCCACCGCCUGCUCACCUCGGGUUCCACUUCCGGCAGGCUCGCUUUCCCGACCACACUCCAGUCCUUCGCAGUUCUCUACUUCCACUUCAUAUCCUCCUCCACUCAAGUUCUCUCCCUUCGCUUCGCAACCCGCGUCCUCAGCGCUGCCAAAGCUCCCGAAUCCUUCGACUUCGUUCCUUGCCAGGACCUACUGCUAUGGGUUGCGUCACUACUCAUUCAAGGCUCCUUCCAGUGUGGGGAAAAGGGUCGGCGGUGGAGAGUUCGCGAAACGGGCUUUUGAGAAGCCGGCAGAGGCGGUUGGGUCUGUUCUGUCCAAGUACCGUCGAGCCUUAGGUCUGCACUUGGAUGCUUUCUGGAAGAGGAAUUCUCUCUUCCUGUUUGGGGUUGGAGCAGUCGUGUUGUGUGCUUUGCUAUGGAGGAUUAUGUUUGGGGUUGCCAGCACUUUUGUUCAUCUCUCUGAAGGCAUGGCCAAGUAUGGCUUCCUCGCCCUUUCCACUGCCAUCGUUGCCUUUGCUGGUCUAUAUGUUCGCUCAAGACUUACAAUUAACCCUGAUAAGGUUUAUAGGAUGGCCAUGACACGGCUAAAUACGGAUGCUGGGAUUCUGGAAAUCAUGGGUGCUCCUCUUGCUGGAACUGACUUAAGAGCUUAUGUGAUGUCAGGGGGAGGGAUUGGAAUGAAGAAUUUCAAGCCAACUCGUAGUAAUAAACGUUGUUUUCUCAUCUUCCCAGUACAAGGUUCGGAGAGAAAAGGUUUAGUCAGUGUUGAAGUUAAGAAGAAAAGGGGCCAGUAUGAUAUGAGGUUACUGGCAGUUGACAUUCCAAUGACGUCGGGACCAGACCAGCGACUGUUUUUGAUUGGAGACGAAGAAGAAUACAAAAUUGGUGGUGGGAUCAUCGGCGAGCUACGAGAUCCUGUGAUUAGAGCUAUGUCUGCUACUAAGGAAUUCGAUGAUCUUGACCAAAUCGAAGAACAGGAGGAUGCCGAGAGAGAGCUUCAGGAGGCCGAGAGGAAGCGACAGGAAGAAAUUGAGAAGCUCGAGAAAGAUGGCUCGUCAUAG